CAAUUUAUUUAAAAAAUUAAAGGAUUCUUGAUAUACCAAUUUCUUUUAUUUUCAUCAGUGCACAAAGUGCAACAAGCUAACAAGUCAACAUGAUGUACGAUAAUGAAGAAGAGAAUUUCGAUGAGGAAAAUGCAGAGGAAAUCUCUCACGAGCUCUGGCAGGAGGCCUGCUGGAUCGUGAUCAACGCCUAUUUCGACGAGAAAGGCCUUGUGCGUCAGCAGCUGGACAGCUUCGAUGAGUUCAUACAAAUGUCUGUGCAGCGCAUUGUUGAGGACUCGCCAGCCAUUGAGCUGCAGGCUGAGGCCCAGCAUACAUCUGGCGAAGUGGAGACACCUCCUCGAUUUUCCCUAAAAUUCGAACAGAUUUACUUGUCCAAGCCGACGCAUUGGGAAAAGGAUGGCUCACCCAGUCCUAUGAUGCCCAACGAGGCGCGCUUGCGCAAUUUGACCUAUUCAGCUCCACUAUAUGUGGAUAUUACAAAGACAAAGAAUGUCGAGGGCAUGGAUCCCGUGGAGACGCAGCAUCAAAAGACCUUCAUUGGCAAAAUUCCCAUCAUGUUGAGAUCAACAUAUUGUCUGCUCUCACAGCUCACCGAUCGUGAUUUGACUGAGCUUAACGAGUGCCCGCUAGAUCCGGGUGGCUACUUCAUCAUUAACGGCUCAGAGAAAGUCCUCAUCGCCCAGGAGAAGAUGGCCACGAACACGGUGUACGUAUUCAGCAUGAAGGAUGGCAAGUACGCCUUCAAAACGGAGAUACGCUCCUGCCUGGAGCACAGCUCGCGCCCCACCUCUACGCUCUGGGUGAACAUGAUGGCGCGUGGCUCGCAAAACAUCAAGAAAUCGGCGAUUGGACAGCGGAUCAUUGCCAUUCUCCCAUACAUUAAGCAAGAGAUACCCAUAAUGAUAGUUUUUCGUGCCCUGGGAUUUGUGGCUGAUCGCGAUAUUUUAGAGCAUAUUAUAUACGACUUUGACGAUCCCGAGAUGAUGGAGAUGGUGAAGCCCUCCCUGGACGAGGCCUUCGUGGUGCAGGAGCAGAAUGUAGCCCUUAAUUUCAUUGGCGCUCGCGGCGCACGCCCCGGCGUCACCAAGGACAAGCGUAUAAAGUACGCCAAGGAAAUUCUGCAGAAGGAAAUGUUGCCGCAUGUCGGCGUCUCUGACUUUUGCGAGACAAAGAAGGCCUAUUUUCUAGGGUACAUGGUGCAUCGCUUGCUGCUGGCCUCGCUGGGUCGCCGAGAGCUCGACGAUCGUGAUCACUAUGGCAACAAGCGCCUGGAUCUUGCUGGUCCUCUGCUGGCCUUCCUCUUCCGUGGCCUCUUCAAGAACUUGAUGAAAGAGGUGCGCAUGUACACACAGAAGUUCAUUGACCGCGGCAAGGACUUCAAUCUGGAGCUGGCCAUAAAAACAAACAUUAUCACUGACGGUCUGCGCUACUCGCUGGCCACCGGCAACUGGGGCGAUCAGAAGAAGGCGCAUCAGGCUCGCGCCGGUGUCUCGCAGGUGUUGAAUCGUCUCACAUUCGCCUCCACAUUGUCCCAUCUGCGUCGCGUCAACUCACCCAUUGGACGCGACGGCAAGCUGGCCAAGCCACGUCAGUUGCAUAACACACUGUGGGGCAUGUUGUGUCCGGCAGAAACGCCUGAGGGCGCAGCUGUGGGCUUGGUAAAGAAUCUGGCACUGAUGGCUUACAUUUCCGUGGGCUCACAGCCGUCGCCGAUUCUGGAGUUCUUGGAAGAGUGGUCAAUGGAGAAUCUGGAGGAAAUCGCGCCCUCUGCUAUUGCAGAUGCUACCAAAAUCUUCGUGAAUGGCUGUUGGGUGGGCAUACAUCGAGAUCCCGAGCAACUGAUGGCCACACUGCGUAAGCUGCGUCGUCAGAUGGACAUCAUUGUAUCAGAGGUGUCCAUGAUUCGCGACAUUCGCGAUCGCGAGAUCCGAAUCUACACAGAUGCGGGUCGCAUUUGUAGACCUCUGCUCAUUGUCGAGAAUGGCACGCUACUGUUAAAGAAGACUCACGUGGAGAUGUUGAAGGAGCGAGACUACAAUAACUACAGCUGGCAGGUGCUGGUUGCUUCUGGUGUUGUUGAGUACAUUGACACACUCGAGGAGGAAACGGUCAUGAUUGCCAUGUCGCCCUACGAUCUCAAGCAGGACAAGGACUACGCCUAUUGUACCACCUACACUCACUGUGAGAUUCAUCCGGCCAUGAUCUUGGGUGUCUGUGCCUCUAUUAUACCCUUCCCCGAUCACAAUCAGAGUCCACGUAACACCUAUCAAAGCGCUAUGGGUAAGCAGGCCAUGGGUGUAUAUAUAACCAACUUCCACGUACGUAUGGACACCCUGGCGCACGUGCUGUAUUAUCCCAUGAAGCCAUUGGUGACAACCCGAUCCAUGGAGUAUUUGCGUUUCCGUGAGCUUCCUGCGGGCAUCAAUUCGAUUGUGGCUAUUUUGUGCUACACUGGAUACAACCAGGAGGAUUCCGUUAUUCUGAAUGCCUCCGCCGUGGAGCGUGGCUUCUUCCGGUCGGUGUUCUAUCGAUCGUACAAGGAUGCGGAGAAUAAACGCGUCGGUGAUCAAGAAGAGAACUUUGAGAAACCGCAUCGCGGCACUUGCCAGGGCAUGCGAAACGCUCAUUAUGACAAACUGGACGAUGAUGGCAUCAUUGCGCCUGGCAUUCGUGUCUCUGGCGACGAUGUCGUCAUUGGCAAGACAAUUACGCUACCCGAGAACGACGAUGAACUGGACAGCAAUACAAAGCGAUUCGCCAAGCGCGAUGCCUCCACAUUUUUGCGUAACUCUGAGACGGGCAUUGUAGAUCAGGUUAUGUUGACACUAAACAGCGAGGGCUACAAGUUCUGCAAGAUUCGUGUGCGUUCCGUGCGCAUACCACAGAUUGGCGACAAGUUCGCCUCUCGUCACGGGCAGAAGGGAACAUGUGGCAUCCAGUAUCGACAGGAGGACAUGCCGUUCACCUGCGAGGGAUUGGCGCCAGAUAUUAUCAUCAAUCCCCACGCCAUUCCCUCUCGUAUGACAAUUGGCCAUUUGAUCGAGUGUCUGCAGGGAAAGCUUGGCUCCAAUAAGGGCGAAAUCGGCGACGCCACGCCCUUCAACGAUGCCGUCAACGUACAAAAGAUUUCUACUUUCCUUCAGGAGUACGGCUACCAUCUACGUGGCAACGAGGUCAUGUACAAUGGUCACACUGGCCGGAAAAUUAAUGCUCAGGUAUUUUUGGGCCCAACCUACUAUCAGCGCCUCAAGCACAUGGUGGACGACAAAAUCCACUCCCGUGCCCGUGGUCCAGUGCAGAUCCUAGUGCGCCAGCCUAUGGAGGGCAGAGCCCGUGACGGCGGCUUGCGUUUCGGUGAGAUGGAGCGUGACUGUCAAAUCUCUCACGGUGCUGCUCAGUUCCUGCGCGAGCGACUGUUCGAAGUGUCCGAUCCGUAUCGCGUGCACAUUUGCAACUUUUGCGGCCUGAUUGCCAUUGCCAAUCUGCGCAACAAUACGUUCGAGUGCAAAGGCUGCAAGAACAAGACGCAGAUCUCGCAAGUGAGACUGCCGUACGCGGCGAAGCUGCUCUUCCAGGAGCUCAUGUCAAUGAACAUAGCGCCGCGCCUGAUGGUUAGCUGAGCUCCUGAUAAUUUAUAUUAAUGUAAUAAGCAUCAUUUCGGAGCUCUUUGUACUUCAUUUAGUAAAUAAUGAUUUUCUCGUAACUAUAACCAACUUAAACCCUAUGCGAAUUGUAUUUUCUACAUUGUCUUCUAAGUCCAUCUCGCAAGUGGAGCAAAUGCGUGCGCAGAAUUGUAAAGAUGUGAACGUGUCUGAGACUCUUAAAUAGCUGAGCGAAAGUCUGCA